AAUUUAAAAGGAUGUUAGUUUAAUAAUAUCGGUUUUUGAAUUCAAACCAUACUAGAUAAUUUUGGCAACUUCCUGCUUUAAGAACAAAUAUAAUUACUUUGUUAUGAAAUUAUUGUAGUUUGUGUUUUUACAAGUAGUCACACUACUAUUUAAAUUAUAAACGAAAUAAAUGUCAUAUACAAAGGAAAAAAGCGGCCAAGUGCGAGUCGGACUCGCCCAUGAAGGGUUCCGUACCAUUUAUGACGUAUUAAAAAAAAACUUACUAGAUCUCGUUCAAACCAAUUUUCGGUGGAAGUUUGCAUGGUAAUAUACCUCAUAUAUUUUUAUAGUUUUAUCAUUCUGUUAUUUUAGAAGUUUUUACCACUUUGGAAGUGCUUCUCGCGCAAACUAUUUAGUUUAGAAAAAAAAUGAUAUUAGAAACCUCAAUACCAUUUUUGAAGACCUAUCCAUAAAUACCCCACACGUAUGGGUUUGAUGAAAAAAAAUUGAGUUUCAGUUCUAAGUAUGGGGAACCACCACAAUUUAUUGUUUUUUUGUGUGAAAAUCUUAAUGCGGUUCAUAGAAUAUAUCUACUUGCCAAGUUUCAACAGUAUAGUUUCGGAAAAAAGUGGCUAUGACAUACGGACGGACAAUAACGCUCCAAAGCAGCCUGGAGGUUAAAUUCAUUCAUACUACAUGUUUUUGGUUUAAUUGCUGAUUUCCAUAUUCGCUCCAUAGCAACGCAAAAGUCCAAUACGUAUAGGCUGUUUGUUUUAUUUUCGAGGUCUCUUUGCAUUUGUUAGCAAAGUGAUUCUCCCUUGUAUAUUUUGCGGGGCGGCGCCUUGACCCAAAUUUCGACUCGCAGAACAGACAGUGUAGGCGAGCAAAAACGAAGCUUUGUUGACUUAGUCAAGGACCCACUGUUGAGACAGAUCAUAAUAAUAAAUAUUCUAAUAUCUUUCGAUAUGGAAGAAGAAUAUAUCUGUAAGAAUAUUUACUUUUAUACCCAGACGGCUUAUGUCUAAUUAUCUAGUACCUAAUGUAAUAAAAAAAAUUUUUUUGCUGUAAGAUAUCUUCGAAUAGGUAUUCGAAGAAAAUAAGGUUAUUUCGGUUACACUUUCCAUCAGUUUUCAUCCCAUUACCUGAAGUGAUCGUGAUCUACAAUGGGUACCCUUUUAUAAUAUCUGCAGUGGCGGGCGUCAUAUAAAUUCAAAGAAAAGCCGGAGCUAAAUCGGAUAAGUUUUUCUUCAAGAACAUGUAGAACAAAGUGCCACUGUAAUGUAAGUGAUCAUAAUAAUGUUUCAGAUAUUUCUUAUAAGGGUUCCCUUCUAAAUCAAAAUUGGAAUCUUCUGAUAACUGGAGUGGAAUGGCGGAAAAUGGCGAGAAACGAAGUGAGCCGCCUUUGAAGCGCUUCAAAAAAGUGCCAGUUUAUGUAGUGGAGGAACACAACGAUGCAUUACAGUUUAUUUACUCCGCCAUCGGAGGAAAAAAAUUGCCUUUGGAAGGAACGACUCUACUUCACUUCGACGCUCACCCUGACAUGCUUAUAGAUCGUAGAUUGAAGGGUGCUGAGGCCCGGGCUGGCAGAGAACUUUUGCCUUUGUUACAAAUAGAGAACUGGAUAGUUCCUGCGGCUGCGGCUGGACACAUAGGCCGUGUUGUAUGGCUGCGGCCACCUUGGGCAAAACAAUUCAAAGAUGGCUCUCGUGUCAUAGACGUCGGCGAUCACCCGGAUAACGGCUUACUGCGCGUUAAUAGCAAAGAACCAUAUUAUAUGUCUGAUGCCCUCUAUUCUUCCAAACUGUACAACAAACGAACCUUCACACUAACUGUAGCAGAAGUCCCAGACCCGGACCAUACUGAAGACGAAACCCAUAUGAAAAUACUGGCUAAAGAACUAGCAAUAUCGUACCCUUAUGUUCUCGAUAUCGAUUUAGACUUCUUUAGCACGGGAAAUCCCUUUUUAUCCCUUUAUGAAAAUAUACAGCUGUACGACCGCUUGGAGCCAAUCUUCGGAUUUAAACUUCCCGAUAGCGACGAUAACGAAACUGUAGAGAAAUUUGUGGAUUUACGUGAAAGGCAAUUGAACGAACUCGAUAACUUAUUCCAGCACCUCGAGGAACAUAAUAAUUUGGAAAAUUAUGAAGGUGAAAAGACGGAGACUUUUCAGAAAGUUUCAGAUAUCGCCUCGGCUGUGUUAUCCGAAGCUGGGCGGUUGGGCCAGCCGCCGAAUUGGUGGGCGGUGUACGCGGGCGGAUGCACGCGCGACCAGGGCGGGUUGCCGCAUCACAUUAGCACAGAGGAGGAGGUGCGACAUAAAAUGGACACGAUCAUCAGACCAUUGUUGAAAGCCUUGCCGCCACCUGUUUUGGUGACCGUCGCGAGGUCUACUGACGACGGUUACUGCCCUCCGGAUCAGGUUGACUACAUUCAAUCACUAGUACUCCAUAUGCUUAAAGAAAUUUAUGAUACCGAUGAACCAGAAUAUUAUUAUUUAAAAGUGAGCAACGAAGAUUAAAUGACAUUGUAAUUAAUAAUAUCAUCGUUUGUGAGUUUUUAUAUUGUACUCGUAUUUUUCUAUUAAAAUGAAUACACCGUAAAUACUACUUGAA